GCCUGGGCGGAGCUCCGCGCGGGGACAAGGCGGCGGCUCCGAUAGCGGGGCCGAACGCGCUGAGGCAGGGAGCGUCAUGGCGGGGUGCUGCGCGGUGCUGCGGGCUUUCCUAUUCGAGUACGACACGCCGCGCAUCGUGCUCAUUCGCAGCCGUAAAGUGGGGCUCAUGAACCGCGCCGUGCAGCUGCUCAUCCUGGCCUACGUCAUCGGGUGGGUAUUUCUGUGGGAGAAGGGCUACCAGGAAAUGGACUCUGUGGUCAGCUCAGUUACUACCAAGGUCAAGGGUGUGGCUGUGACCAAUACUUCUCAACUUGGAUUCCGGAUCUGGGAUGUAGCUGAUUAUGUGAUACCAGCUCAGGAGGAAAACUCCCUCUUCAUUAUGACCAACAUGAUCAUUACCAUGAACCAGACCCAAGGCAUCUGUCCCGAGAUUCCAGAUAAGACCACUGUUUGCGAAGCAGAUGCCAACUGCACUGCUGGCUCCACAAGCAGCCACAGCAAUGGAGUCUCAACUGGCAGAUGUGUGCCUUUCAAUGGGUCACUGAAGACAUGCGAGGUGGCAGCCUGGUGCCCAGUGGAGGAUGACACACAUGUGCCACAACCUGCUUUUUUAAAGGCUGCAGAAAACUUCACUCUUUUGGUUAAGAACAACAUCUGGUAUCCCAAAUUUAAUUUUAGCAAGAGGAAUAUCCUUCCCAACAUCACCACUGCUUACCUCAAGUCAUGCAUUUAUGAUGCCAAAACAGAUCCCUUCUGCCCCAUAUUCCGUCUUGGCAACAUAGUGGAAAAGGCAGGACACAGCUUCCGGGACAUGGCUGUCGAGGGGGGCAUCAUGGGCAUCCAGGUCAAAUGGGACUGCAACCUGGACAGAGCCGCCGCCCUCUGCCUGCCCAGGUACUCCUUCCGCCGCCUGGAUACCCGGGACAUCGACCACAAUGUGUCUCCUGGCUACAACUUCAGGUUUGCCAAGUAUUACAAUGACUUCACUGGCAAGGAGCAGCGCACGCUCAUCAAGGCAUAUGGCAUCCGCUUCGACAUCAUUGUGUUUGGAAAGGCUGGGAAAUUUGAUAUCAUCCCUACUAUGAUCAACAUUGGCUCUGGCUUGGCACUCCUGGGGGUGGCAACAGUGCUGUGUGAUGUCAUAGUCCUCUAUUGCAUGAAGAAAAGAUACUACUAUCGGGAGAAGAAAUAUAAAUAUGUGGAAGAUUACGAGCAGGGUUUAGGUAGUGAGGUGGACCAGUGAUGCCAACCCCACACCUGGGCUCCCCAGGCCCCACUGAUGCACAAUAAGGAAGGAGAAGUGGCUGUUCUAUCAUCCCAGAGAAGAUUCUGGACUCUAACUCAUUCUCUACAAGUCCUCAGGGUUGCCCAGCAGUUCCUGUGGUUCGUGUUUAGGGUUUGUUUUUGCCCACUUGAUGCAGUAGGUUACCAGGCUGUUCUUGGCUGAGUCACAGGGUGAGUGCUGGCCCAGGGGCAGUGACAUUUCUGUAGCUUCCAGGGCUGGGGCCUUCUCCAGGGCCCCUAGGGCUGGCUCUCCUCAGAAGCUCCUGGCUGCAGCUCCCUUGAGGACAGGCCCAGUCCUCCAAGCCAUGGCAACUCUGCUCAAGCACUUUAUAAGGAAGGGAAGGCCAUGUGUUAUGAUCACAAGGCUUUUAGCACACCUGGGCUGCCAUCCCUCUUGCCCCCAACCAGGGGCUUUGUCCUUGAGGUCAUAAGGCAGAGUUAGGUGAUUGAGGACCAAGCUUUAAAACAUGACUUUCUUCAUCCCUGCCUGUGUCAUCUCACAACAUGUGCUAGAACUUUCCUUCCUAUCCUUUUACUGUGACCAGUAAAUCCAUUUCUUGUCCAGCUCA